UGGUUAUCGACUCAUUUUACAAGAUUAGGCAGCCAAUCAAAACGACCAUUAUCGCGUCAUCGCCCCACUUAUAUCAUCCGCGCAUAUUCCACUCACUCGAGGGGUUGCGAAUAGUCGAGACGACGAGCGGAAAAAUUACGCCAAGGGCCAAGGUUGAUACCUACUUGUUUAUGGUUUUUUCAUUGUUUCAAUUUGAUAUUUUCAUCACUGUGAACUGUGAAGUGGAAUCGUGUUAUUCAAUUCAAUCAAGUCACUGUAUGGCGUACCUAUGUCUCAAGCAAUGGUGAGUUCUGUCGAGUUUUUAUUGAAAACCUGGUCAUUGGAUCACCUUGUGCAAAUUUUCGAAGAGCAGGGAAUAGAUGAGGAGGCCUUCAAUUAUCUCACCGAAGAGGUUAUCAAAGAUCUGAUACCAAAAAUUGGAGACCGAAUCAAAUUCACCCGUCAUUACCAGGCAUUUCAGGCUACCGAACAGGCAUCAAGGCAGCCAGUCCUUUUUGACAUAUCAAACAUUUCAUCUCUUCUUAGAGAAUCCGAUGUUGAAGAAGGAACCCCUUCUACGUCCUCAUGUAGCACAUCAGUAGGUGGCAUAGAAUAUGAGGAUUUUUUGCAAGAUAAACAACUAGAAACUAUCCAUAUUCCACCGAAACCACAAAAUGCAUUAUGUGUGGAGGAAACAUUGGAUAAACCCUCGGAUAAACCGGAGUCGUUGACCUGUGAUUUUGUGAGUAUUUUCAAUUUAAUGUGUACCUACGUACAGGAGAAUUGUAUUCCCACUUCAAGAUUUGUCCAAUUAGCUAGAUCAAUAAAACAACUAUUUCCAACUGAGAAUAUUGCAACAUACUACAGUCCCUAUCAAACUGACUCUAGCGGGCGUGUACGGAAAUGUGCCAGAGGUAAAUUAUAUGACAAGUAUCAUAACCUUCGAAGAAAUCUGAGAAGUACAGGAAUUCUGAAAUCCAAGAAGACUAAACAAAGAGAUCUCGAUCAUGAAAAUAGAACUGAGGUGACUGAAGAUAAGCAACAAGAACAAGAAGAGUUGAUCCAAUGGUUACAAAAUUGUAUUGAACCAUGGACCGAUGUCAUUGCAAAAUGGGAAAUGACAUUUGAAUCAAGGCAGGCAAUUUUGAAAUCAGACAUAGACGCACAAGCCUACUUUGAUAAAUUUCUUGCCCUUAAACAACCUCUUGGAUAUACCUUGAUUGAGUUGGAUUUCAAAAAAAAUUAUAAAGAAUAUGAGAAUAAACUGUUCUACCAUCUCCCAGAGUUAUUGGAAUUGAUCAGAGAUUAUGCAAAAGGCAGUCGUGAUCCCACUGUGAAACAACUUUUAGAAGAAAACGAAACCUGUGAAAAUGAUGAACAAAUGCAUGCACUUGGGCUACUCAUAUUGCCAUAUUUGUUUGCCAAAACUCAGCUUAUAGCUCCAAAGCAAAAACAAGAUAAAGAAGAUAAUUCAAAGAAAAAUAAAAGAGUUCAAUGGAGACCAUCGAGGGCUGAGGUACAAGAAAGCUUUAUAGUUCAUCUCAAAUCUGCCACUGAGCUACAACCUUUUCUGGAGAGAAGAAAUAGUAAAUAUGCAAAUUUGCAGCAAUCAUGUCAACCAGUUAUUAUAUUGGUAGGGUCAAACUUGACAAAAUUGGAACCAAUUAUCAAUUUCAAUAAUCUGAAAUUCAGUGUAGGUAAUUUACUGAAAACAGUGGAUGUUGCAUUCAAAUUGUUUCAUGUGAUCAAUUUGAAGUACCCUGUUGAAUGUGAUCAUGUAUGGAUGUUCAUCCAAAAGUAUGUUUAUGAAAUAAGCACACCUUAUGAUACGACUCACGUUGUUGUUGAGCAGUUGUAUUCUGAUCUUCUUCAACAGAAAGAGAACUGAACAUUUUUUUCUACUUGAACUAUGCAGUGUUUCUUAUGUUCGAAGACUUUCAGUAAAUUGCAGAAAUAUUUAGCUCACAUUAGAUAUAUUCAUGGUACUAAUUGUGGUCCCUUUCACUGCACUCGACAAAAUUGCUUCAGAACAUUUCCAUCGUUGCGAUCUUUCAAAAAACAUCUUGGUUGUCACUGUCCACAAGAAGUAAUUGCAAUCAGUAAUAAAAAAAAAAGUUAUAUAUCUGUUUCUAAUCACAUACCUGAAGUAAUACAAUCAUCAUCUGAGAAUAUUGAUGUUUUAAGCAAUCCGAUUGAUUAUGAACAAAGAAUUGAUGAAAUUGAAAAGCAUGCUAGAGAAUUCAAAGAAAAAAUUGAUUUGUUUCUAUCAAACCUCUAUAUCAAAAAUUUUAUCCCAAGAUGUGAAAUUCAGUUCAUAAUAAAAUCUGUUAACGAUAUUUUCAGCUGUAAAAUUUUGACGUUAUUACGUGAUUAUAUAAUACCUGUUGACAAUCAACGCCUGAGAGAAAUCAUUGAAAGUUUUUUUCAUCGAUUAUCCAAUCCAUUUGAAGGUCUGGAAACAGAAUUCAAGAGAGUAAAACACUUUCAAAGUACAGGUUUUUAUAUUAAACCAACUG